GUCAUUGUGAUCAAUGGCUUGACUUCCUCCUUUGGUACGGCUGUGCAGCAGCACGCAGCGAUUGACUGCUGCUCAGUUUCACGGGAGCGGCAGCGGCAGCAUCAGAAAUAAUAAAGCAAAACACACGCUUACGCAUUCGCACGCACAUACACACACGCGCGCUCACGCACACACACGCGCGGACCCUCACACACACACACACACACACGCACACACGCACGCACACACACUGGAGGCUCUGCGUCCCAGCAUUCAGCUGUCAGGAUGAGUGCAGGAGAUGUAGUCUGCACCGGCUGGCUCGUAAAAUCUCCGCCUGAGAAGAAAUUGAAGAGAUAUGCCUGGAGAAAACGCUGGUUUGUGCUCCGACGGGGUCGGAUGAGCGGAAACCCAGACGUGCUGGAAUACUACAGGGGCAAGAGCUCCAAGAAGCCCAUCCGCACCAUAGACCUGCGGGAGUGCCAAGUCCAGAUGCACACGGAGAUCCGGCUGCUCAAGAGGGAGUUACAGAACCAGCACCUGUUCGUAGUCAAGACCUCCUCGCGCAUCUUCUACCUGGUUGCCAAGACCGAGGAGGAGAUGAACAGCUGGGUGCGCAACAUUAGCCAAAUCUGCCACUUCAGCCCACUGGACGAAGAGGCGGCAGACUCAGACAGCUUCUCCCAGCAGCCCUCACCCGCCAGCUCCACCCACACAUCCCACAUCACAAGCCAUGACCUCAGCGCAGACGCCAACACCACAGAGGGCAGCCGCAGCCGCAGUGAGUCAGAGUCCAGUCUGCCCCCUGACUACCUCAUCCUUUCGCAGUGCGAGACCGGGAGGGUCAGCAUCACCAGCUGCUCAAACUCAGAGCGGUCCCUGGAGCAGAGUUCAUCGGACAACACCUUUGAGGAUGUUUUCCUGUCCCCUCUCUGCACCAAUCAGACGCUGUCCCCUUUCAUCUCAGUCGGGCUAUCAGAGCCCCCCCUUGGUACCCCUUCUUCCUCCACACCUUUGGAGAGACUGUCUGAAUUCUCCUCCUCCUGCUCCUCAACGUCCCCCACCCAGACGCUCCACCCAGCCCCGGACUUUUUCCAGUUUGACAAACCAGCCACGUCCUUGUCUCCAGAAGGCAUCAUGGAUGGUCAAACACCCCCACCCCGGCCGCCCAAACCCAUUCGCUUCUCUGAGAGAUGUGCAGAUAAUGGACCUCAUCACAUGACUCUCCGGAGUGGUGAGGGGCUCUUUCCACUUCAGCCUGCCCCAAUUCCUCGGAGAAUCUCCCUGGCAGGACUGGAUCACGUUCGGAGAGGAGAGUUUGACAUCAGCUCUGUAAGAAGUUGGAACAAAAGGCUAAGUCUUAAUUUGCCACGACUGAACUCUGUAUGCAGUCCAAGUUCGGUGGACUGUUAUGAAGACUCCUAUAUCCCCAUGAACUCUGGGGCUUCCCCCCCAGUAGCCAGUUCAGACAUUGAGUCAGAUGGCUACGUCCCCAUGAGUCCAACAUCAGCUCCAUUCCUCAUGUCCAACGGGAACCCUGAGACCCCUCCCCCUGCUGCCCCCUUGCAAGGGUUGCCAAGCGAUCUGGAACCGCCUCCUGUGAACCGCGAUCUGAAGCCAAGGAGAAGAGCAAGACCUCCACCAUUAGACCUACGGGCCUUAUCCACCAUCAAUGAAUGUCCACCCCAUCUGUCUCUGACACGGACGCUGACAGAGCCAGGAAACUCAGCUCAUUGGUUCCCAAUGGAUAGAAGACCUGGCAUAACAGGGACCUUGGGGGAUCAAGAAGACAGCUGUCUUCUGGGGGAGUCCCGGCAUUUGUUACCUGCCAAUGGAAGCACAGCUCUCUGCACUCCCCGGAAAUCAAAUCUGGACUACCUAUCACUGGACUUCAAUUCGGCGUCACCUUCACCAGUGCAGAAGAAGGCUCUGCUUGCUGAUGAGCACCGAGUAGACUACGUACAGGUUGAUGAGAAGAAGACCCAGGCCCUGCAGAACACUAAGAUGGAGUGGAAGGAUGUCCGGCAAUCCAAAGUGUAAAGCAGGGUGGAAAGGGCGAAAGAAGCAUUAAAAUAAAUAAAUAAAUAAAAAGGCAACACACCCAGUACAGAAGCCCCCCCCCCAAAAAAAAACAAAAACAAAAAACACAUCGCCUUGACAUCAGUGUUAUAGAUAAGAACCUGAGGAUCAGUAUUUGUGAUUUUACACAAGAGGACGAUCUUAAAUGAGAUGCCAUUAUUUGUUAAGAGUCCAUGCAUAAACUCUUUUCUAAUACUGAUAAUGAUGUUGCAGUGUUCAUUUUCAACAUGAGUGGUAGUAAAUUCAUACUGCAGCGCGCUCUAUUAACCUUCAUAAAUGAUAACUACGUAAUGGACUUUAUAUAAUGGGAGUGCUGAAGUGCAUUUAAGAUCUAAUCAGUGUUGCCUAUGGUACUUUGCUUUCAACAAAGGUUUAUUGAAAUAUAAGAAGAAAACAAAACAGCAUGAAAUGCUCACAAGAAAUGUUAGGAUGCUAUGUGUGUCCUAUCUUUUGUCAUUUUAAAGUUUGUUUCAUAGGUUUCAUGAGGUACCAUCUGAUAAAAAAUGUUUCAUGUAUUAAAAUAGGCUCUCCUGUCAAUUUAUUUUUUAAAUUAUUAUUUUAGUUGCUAUAUUCAUGUGAUGUAUUGGCAAGAUUCCAUACAAAUAUGGCCUUUUUAUCAAAUCUACAGUUUAUUUUGUGUGGUGAUUCCCUAAGGACUACGGUGGUCACAAUAUGCAGAUGUGCUAGUCUUGCUUGUUUCUUUUUUUAACAUUUGGAAACCCAAAAUACGCUUUGACACCAUAAAGUUAUCACUGUGAAGUCCGCUCUGUGGGCUCCCUAUUCUGAUAAUCCUUUUGUACUGAGAGGUACUUACAUUUUCUUUUGGGUUCUGUGGUGUGGCUUUGGAGAUUGCAGGUUCAAAUCUAUUUUAAAAAUCUCACCAGUUGCCAAUUUGAUAACUGCAUUAAAGAAAUACUUUGUUGCAUAUAUACUCUGGGAAUGUAAGGAGGUCUGCAAAUACUUUCCACACAAAGCAGAAAAACAAAUGAGAAAAAAAUUAUUUCCAAUGAGAGAUAAAGUUGUGGCAUGUAUUGUAAGCUGCCAAUCAACUUGCUCCAUGCUCAACCAAUCCCAAUGGCAGGCAGUCUAUUUGGAUAUUUGUUCAUAGAAAGACUUGUUACAGUAGCAAACACUGGCUUACUAACAAUGAUCAUUGAUAGUGUACAGGCUUUAAUGAAAAACUGUCUAGCUCGCUAAUUUCAGGAGUUAGUUACAGUACCUCUUCCUGAAUAACCAGAUUGAAGAAAAAAACAAAGAUUUCCAUGGGAAGGACAACGCUAUGGCUACCCAAUCAGUUAUAACUGACCACUGCACUGCUCCUUCAUCAUACCCCAAAACAUAUAGACUUGGCUACAAAUGCUUUCUCCUCACUGAAGGCCCCAGAUGUGGCAGGCACAUAGCUACAGAGAUUCAGCAGCAGGCUUGGUUUUUCAGGAAGAGGCCUAUGAGGGAGUCAUUUCUUAAAUUAUCAUAAUCUUUUCAUCAAUCAAACCAUACAUGAUUAUCAUACAGUCUCAUGCUUAGAACAUUGUUCUGUGUCAGCCUUAGGACAUGCUAGGAGAAUGCUGAUUGACUUCAGUGUAUUUAAUGUUACAAUCCUUUACAUUCUUUUUUUUUUUUUUUUUUUUUUUACUGGGCAGUUUUCUUAGCUCCAGUUGGAAAUUCAGAAACUUAGUGGGGAACUUUUGGGUAUGCCAAAGUCAAUCUGCAAUCAUCACAUAUUACAGGACACUGUAUUACUCAUUGUCUCAUAUUACCACAUGAAAUUCUCUCUUGACCAUUGUCCCAGCCCUCAUGAAAUCCUUACCACACACAAAAAACACCAUUCUCAUAUUCCAAACCAUUAGCAUAGUCCCUUCAUAAAAUGUUUGUUGUAUUCACUGAGUAAUUCAAAAUAAUUCUCUAGUCAGUUUUGCAAUACAAAGAGAUAAAAUGCUUGUUCACUCCAUAUAAUUACCCUUUCACUGAAACUGCCAUGAAUUAACUUGGUUAUGUGUUUUGUGCUUUAUAUAGCCAUUUCAAUGCACUGUGAUCCACCAAGUCUCUUAACACCAAAUAUGUACAUGUAUUUGUUGCCUUUUAUUGCCUUGACCAUAAAUGUUGUGUGUGCUCUAUCCCCGGCAACUGCUAAAUCAUUAUGUAGUGCUGGCCAAAGGGAAAUAAUAAUAAUAAUAAUAAUAAUAAUAAUAAUAAUAAUAAUAAUACUAGCUAAAAAAUAAAAUAUUAUUAUUAUUAUUAUUAUUAUUAUUAUUAUUAUUAUAAACUACUUUAAAUGUCACCUGAAAUGAAAUAUGGAAAUAAAAAUGACUAUCAUUUUUUGACAACAGGGCUAUACACAGAAAGAUAAGAUUGUUACUGGUCUGAAACAUAAUUGUAAUUACUUUAUCAGGGUGUUCUAAUAUGCACUGUGACAGCACUGUCGAAUAGAUUUCAAAAGGGAAGACUUUUCAAAGUCAUUAUUUUUUGUGAAAUUCAAUCACUGUGUCAAGGCCUAAGUACUGCCAGAGACAGAUGUGCUAUGUCUUCUAUUUGUUGUUUGUUUUUAUAAUAAUGCUGUACAAUGCUGUUAAAAUGGUAAAUUUGUCCUACAGUAUAUGACUGAAGGCUUUGCAAAUAUAUACAUAUAUACAUGUGUGGUCACCAUUCAAUGUGCAACAAGGGCAAAUUGAUUAAAAUUAUGUACAAAGAUGAA